UCACUUUGAGGACAAAACCAGUACGGGGUUAUCUGUGGAACUAUUGCUCAUCGUGAGAAAAUGGUCUAUCCGUCGGAUUAUUUGCCCCACUUUCAACCACGAGAUGGUGACAAUCUACACACUCAGGAGAGCGGUGAUGCAGGUCUUUCUUCUGACAUGGUGCACAAGUUCUGUUACAAGUAUGAAGAAAGUGCCCUGCCUGUAACUGACACAGGGAGUUGUGUGAGGCCCAUUCUUCACAUGAAGCAGUUCCCCAUGAUGGCAAAAAGCAAGCCACACCCAUACCCGCCUGAGUCAAGACCUAUGACAGAGGGAUUCUUAAUCAAGUCCAGUUUGACUGGGAUGCAAAGUGGGCCGCAAAAUAACUUCAAUUGCCAGACAUACACAGAUCGUGACGAUAAUAGCAAGGGAGAGGAAGUAUUCAAGCCUUUACCCGGAACAUCAGCCAUUACAGAGGCACUCAUGGAAGAUGUAGGAAAUAAGGGUAACAUCAUGGAUGCCAACACAGAUGCCAAAGAAAACCCAGGAAGCGCUGCACCAGUGGAAGAAGUGACGGCCCAAAACCGCUACAAGAAAAGAGCUGUUGGGAAAAAAUGGAAAGUUUACAAUCUCUGUGUGGUGGCAGUUCUAAUCAUAAACUUUCCUGCCUGUAAUGGAUCUAAUGAUGGGCUAAACUGUUGGGUCUGCAAGGAUCAGGACAAGUGCUCCAGCCUCAACACAAUAUAUGACGAAUAUGACCAUAUCCUGUACCAGAGAGACUAUGGAGAGAAAGCUUUCUCAGAAUGCUCUCAAAUACCACCGCCUGUGCCUAAGACUCCUAAAACCUGCACAGUAUGCCAGUCCGAUUUUGUCUUCAUUACCUGCUCAAACGACACUAAUGAAAUCCAACCAGAAGCAAAGGGAUCACUCAUUCAAGACAUCCAUAAAACAUGCAUGCAGUAUAAGACUUCUGACCCGAUGCCCAGCAGAGGGACUUCCCAUUACAAUCCUGACCGUGGACCUACUGGAUUGAUUUUAAUGGCUGUUCUCUUUCUGAUUGCGAUUGGACCACUGUGAUCUUCUGAGACUUUGGAUCUUCAACAUUUAUCCCUCAGCAUGAAACAUCACGCUGAAACAUCUUUUUCUUUUACUCAUAGACACUUACUUUCUGUCUUAAAAUGUUUUUAACUGUAUUGGCACAGCAAAAUGGCUAAAUAGGAUGUGUUUUAUUGCAUAUGCUUAAGCCCAAAGAAGUCACCUUCUUUUAGAAAAACAAUUUCCAUAAUAACUGGUUAUUUUUCUGUAAAUCACCUUCAUGCUUAUUUGGCUUAUCAGACUUCAGCUUUACUUGACAGCAAAUAAUUAUGUUUGAAACACAUAUACAUAUCUGGCCUUAAUUAUAAACACAUCUGCAUAUCAAGCUGCAUAUGGUUCAUGUUCUUUUUCAUAACAGACACUGGAACAGAAUAUAAUGUGCUCAGUUAAUAAUCAGAAGAGUGUACAUCAUUGGAAAUCCCUCAGCUGCUAGGGCUUGCAGGAUCAGUGCAGCCAUUUCACUGUGGCAGAUGUAGUGUAUUUUGUUCCCAUACCUAUAUUUUUGCUUAAAAAUCUUUUAAUGGACAGUUAUAUGAAAUGUUAUUUUUUUUGUCAGAACGCUAUAAAGACAAACAUCUUUAAUUUAUGGUCUCUUUCAGUUAAACCUGGUAAAUCAAAUUUUAAGAUUCCCACGGUCUGAUAAGACUUUAGUCUUAUUUUAUGUAUAGAAGCUCUCUGAUCCACAAGCAAAACCUGGACUGUGAAAGUGAAGUGUCGAAAAACAGAGAACAAUGAAGUCAAGAUGAGAGUUGAGCCUUCAAAAUGAAGUCACUUGUAAGCAGUCACUUCUGACAUUUAUAGGUCUAUUCCCAAGCAGUAAAGUUAAAGUUCUGUACAGUGUAGAAACUAGACUUUUGUUUGUUUUUCUUU